AUGAUUUCGAAAACGACGCGGGUUGCUACUGCAGCAGAAAGAAAGGCACCUGCCCGCGUGCGUGCAGCCGGAGAUAGUACCUAUCACACCUCAGCAGCAGGUGAUUCGUCGCCUGCUGCUGUGAACAGUUCACGUGGUGAGUCACCACGUGCGACAGGUACAUCCGCUGCGUCUGCAGCGGGUACCACGAGUCGUAAUCAAGAUGAGUCUGAUUUAGAGCUCAUUUAUUCUGGCGAGCCGGAUGGUAUAUCCGACUCGACAGGGACACCUCACUCCUCCGGAUCAACGGGGGCGGACACUGCAAAAGGCAUGUUGACUGGCUCUUGUCAACGUGGCAGCAAAAUGUUCAAGAUCUUCAAAUCGAGCGAUUGUUCCGACGACUCUCCGCCCCACACAAGUCCAUUCAACGAUAGUACGCGUGGAAAUGGUGGUGAUGCACCUGUACAUCACCACGAGCGAAGUAACUCAAAGGAUCGGGGUAACACUGGUGCCAGUGCUCAUGUUGGCACCAAUCAAGAGACAAGGGACGGAAAUGUUCUGCGCCACGCUCCUCAAGUGCAGUAUCCUUGGAUGCCAUUAUCCAGAGAGUUGGACCGUUUGGCCGGCACGACUAUUGAACAGGAUCGAAUCCCGUUGUUCGACUAUAGGAAGAUCUGCCCUCCUAACGCCAGCACGGAAACUAUCCGUGCUGAGGAAGAAUUCUUCACCGAUGCAAUUCUCUAA